AUGUCCUUCACAUUUGGGACACCUGCCUCAAGCGCGGCUUCGGGGCAGUCGAACACAACCUCCGCUCCAGCUUCCGGCGGCCUAUUUGGGAACGCGGCCGGCUCAACUGCAUCGCCAUUUUCGCUCUCUAAGCCUGCCAGUAGCGGCGGCACCAGCACACUUCAAACCGGAUCCGGUUUGUUUGGAGGGUCAACACUUGGUGGCCAGCCCAGCAGUUUGUUUGGCAGUACCACGGGCGGCACGAGCACACCCACGACGGCGACGACGACCCCCGCGACCGGAGCAGGGCUUUUUGGCGGUGGCAACAAUACUACAGGCAACAUGUUUGGAAACACUUCGACCCCGGCGUCGGGCGCCGCAGCCCCGUCCGGUACACCCAGCCUCUUCGGCGCGAAGCCCGCUGGCACAACUGCCGCUCCCGCCACGAGCACCCCGGCUGGUGGACUUUUUGGCGCUGCGUCUAGUGCCGCGCCUGCCGCCUCGGCUACGACACCGACAACUGGGGGACUUUUCGGAGGCGGUGGUGCUGGUACUGGCGCGGGCCUAUUUGGCGGCGGUGCUCCUGCUGCUGGGGCUGGUGGCGCCCAGGUGACUCCGGCGAAACCGCUUUUCGGGGCCCUUGGUUCGACUACGCCCGCUGGUGCCCCCCCGGCUGAUUCUUCCAAGCCUGCCGCAAACCUAUUCGGCGGUGCUGGUCUCGGGGCUAAGCCAGCUGCCACUCCCGCGGCCGGUGCUGGAGGGCUUUUUGGUCAGAACACUUCAACGCCUGCUUCCAGCGCGGCUCAACCACAAGCGACCACCGGCGCAGCAGCCGGCAGCAGUGGCCUUUUCGGAGCCAAACCCGCCCAGGCUCCCGCUUCAGGCACGCCGUCGCUGUUUGGUGCCGCAACGACCACCCCGGCGUCCGGGGCUGCCACCCCUGCCGCAGCCGCAGCCAAGCCGUUGUUUGGGGCUACUACGGGCGCUACAACAGGCGCCGCUCCCGCUGCCAGCGCAGCUCCGUCAACCUCUACGCCUACCGCCACCAAGUCCCUGUUUCCCGCCUCCAACCCAACUGCCACGCCAGCUGCUUCAUCCGCGGCACCUGCCUCUGGACUGUUCGGUGGCGCCCCAGCAUCAACUGCGACGCCCGGUGGUUUGUUCGGUGCGAAACCUGCGACGACUGGUAUCGCAACCCCCAGCUCGGCUGCCCCUGCAGCGGCCGCCAACCUAUUUGCUAAGACGGCGACCGUCACACCCGCUAGCACGAGCACGCCUGCGGCUGCCAGCACCACCGCUACCGCCGCCCCCGCCGCCACAACGGCGCCCGCUGAGGGUGGUUUAUUUGGUUCCAAGCCUGUCGGUACCACGGCGACGCCCGCGGCGCUGAAUGGCAACGCUAGCACAGCCGCCACACUCACGGCCUCGACGGUGGGCCCCAGCUCGCAGCUCCCGCGGCUGAAGAACAAGACGAUGGACGAGAUCAUCACACGGUGGGCGACAGACCUGUCCAAGUACCAAAAGGAGUUCAAGGAGCAGGCGUCCAAGAUUUCAGCGUGGGACCGCAUGCUGGUGGAGAACGGCGAGAAGAUCCAGAAGCUGUACACGAGCACCUACGAGGCCGAGCGCGCCAAUGCCGAGAUCGACCGUCAGCUUGGUAACGUGGAGAGCCAGCAGGAGGAACUUGGGGCGUGGCUGGAUCGAUACGAGGCCGACCUCAACGAGCUAUCUGCCAAAAACGGCAGUUCCAGCAGCGCCAGCGCGGGUGGCGAGCAGGCGGCCGGCCCAGACCAGGAGCGCGAGCGCACGUACAAGCUGGCUGAGAAAUUGACUGAUCGGUUGGACGACAUGGGCAAGGAUUUGAGCAAGAUGAUCAAGGAAAUCAACGAUAUGUCGAGCACCGUUAGCAAGGGCAGCAAGCCCGAUGAUCCGCUUACGCAAAUCGUCCGCGUCCUCAACGGCCACCUGUCCCAGCUGCAAUGGAUUGACACCAACGCGGCGGCGCUGCAGGCCAAGGUGUCAGCCGCGCAAAAGGCCGGCGGUUCCAUGGGCGGGCAUGUGUCUACCACCGAGUCGGACGCGGCUGAGAGCUUUUACCGGUCGUACCGUGGUGGGUACAAAUAG